AUGUGUGUGUGUGUAGAUGCACAAACAUCUACUUUGAAACAAACAGAAUUUGAUUGUAUGGUUGCAUUCCUAAAUGUUUUUUCAAAUGGAGUAACACCAGAUUUAAAUAGUACUGGUUUUUAUAAUUUAAAUAGAACUUCUACAAUGGGUGUAAGAGCAAGUUCAUUAAUCAAAACAACUACCCCAAUUGAUCUAUCAAUUUUCUCAUGUUUAAAAUCUGCUAUUUCAGUUUCAUUUUAUAAUCUACACCUAGAUUCAAUUGGAUCUGUGAUUUCUUCAUCUUCAUUACCAUCAACAUUAAUAAUUCAUUCUAAUUCUGAAUAUGGUGUAACAUUUGGAAAGAUUAAACCUGGAAUUUAA